UUGUACAGAGAACUCUCACUGAUAUAUACAGUUCAUUAGUGCAAUAAAAUCUAUACCCGACGGCAUCAAAUUUGUAUUAUAAACUCACUUAUCACUCAUUUCUAACUGUUCUCCAGACCAAGCAUUUUCAGAAUGUGAAAGUAGGAGUGUCUAUUGUAAGGCAACAGUGACUUAGGCCGGCCCAUGUUCCCUGAGUCAUAUUUCCUCUCCCUCAGCCUUUAGUUACAUCAUAUCUGUGCGCAGCAUGUCCAGCAUUGCUGCUCCAUGUCGGAGAGGGGGAGGGGAGGCUGAGCACGGUUGUCUGGAUUUUGCUUUUCAGGCUCUCCUGCUUGGCUGCAUCAGUGAGGGAGGGGACAAAGUGUGCUGCUUGCUUUGCCUCUGAUAAACAUAACGAAAGAUCACUUGGUCUCAUUCGCUGCCAUCACAUCAACAGAAUUGGGGAAGGAGAGGUACGACGUGUUCUGUGUUUAUUCCACCUGGCUCCCUGACAGCAGGAAAGAAGCAUGUUGAUAGCACCAAAGAGCUGACAUGGGAAGAGAGCAAUGGGUCUCCCCCUGGUAAUGCACUUCUGACAUUGUGGGAAAGGCAAAGUCUCAGAUGUGAAACAUUUUUUGUACAGGUGUGGUCAUUGUAUUGUUUCCUGGGUCUAAUACAAGAUGGCUGGAAAAGGCAGAGGUAGCGGUCGGGGCCAACUGACUUUUAAUGUGGAGGUUGUUGGUAUUACCAGAGGGGAAGCAUUGCCCCCGCCCACUCUCCAACCUCCUCCGUUGUUCCCGAGCCUAGAAUACAAACCAGUACCCCUGCAGACAGGGGAGGAGGUGGAAUAUAUGCUGGCGCUGAAACAGGAACUUCGAGGAGCCAUGAAGACUCUCCCAUAUUUCAUCAAGCCCGCUGAGCUAAAGAAAGAUGUUGAACGCUACUCUGAUAAAUAUCAGACGUCUGGACCUGUUGACAAUGCUAUCGACUGGCAACCUGAUUGGAGGCUGCUGCCACGUGAAUUGAAGAUAAAAGUCAGAAAGCCACAGAAGGACAAAUCCGCUGUUGUCCUCCCCAAACACAAGCAAAGAGUUCCUGUGGAUAAGGAGGAGAUUAUUAAGAAACUAGAGAACCUGGAAAAGAAAGAGGAAGAGGUGAGCUCCGAAGAGGAGGAGGAGAACAAGGAAGAGGAAGAAGAAAAGGAAGAAGGGGAGGAGUAUGAUGAAGAGGAGCACGAGGAGGAGACGGAUUACAUCAUGUCCUAUUUUGAUAACGGCGAGGAGUUUGACGGCGAUAGCGAUGACAAUAUGGAUGAAGCCACCUACUGAUCCCUCCCCUGACUCAUUACACUUGGAUCGUUCCAAGCAGACAUUUAUUGACACAACUGGGUGCUGCAAGGAGGUAAUCCAGAUACCCAAGUGGACAUGUCCCUUUUUAGCACCCGGCAAUGGACCAUUUUAGCUGAUUUUAGACUUUCAAUUUAAUCUGUUUUAUAUUCUGGAUUUUUCAGUUUUAUUGUACACCGGGCAACAGAAACUGUUUUACUCCUGCAACCACCACCAGCACAUAAUUAUUUAUUCGUACCUGUCAUCCAAUGGAACGCAAGCAUGAGCACAUCACCACUGCUUAUGUAGUCUUCAUUGUGCUGGGAUGUGAUCGCAUUGGCAUCUGUAUAGCCAUUUUAUAUAGGGGUUCAUUCAGAAGUUUAAAAUACAAUUUUUCUCUUAAUAUUGUUUAUGGCGAGUGUUCCGCUUACACUAGUUGUUCCUUCUUUGCUUGCUUAUAUGAUACAUAUAUAGGAGAUGCCAUAUUGUCUCCUUCCAGCUGAUGUUUUCUCUACUCACAUGAAUAAACCAACAUUACCUGC